CAGUUGCAUGCGAAUGGCAAGAAGACCGACCGUAUGCGCUCGUGGUACCUCUACGAGCAGUACAGAACGCUGGAGCAACACCAGCUAGACGCGGCACAGAAGCUGCGGAACCGCUCGGUUCAAGAACAGCUGCUGCUACAGGAGCUUACGGAACGGCGCGCUCGGCGUUGUCUUUUUGAUCAGGUCAGCAUUUAUCUCAGCAACCCAAAGCAAGACCGCAGUCAAGCCACCUGCCUCAGCACCACCAACGAGAGCUUCUACGAGAGCUUCUGUGAACUCAACGACUUUGAAGACAACAACAGCUUGGGCAGCCACCAUGGCUACGAUAAUGCCUUAAUGGAGGAUAAGAAUCUAGAAGAUUUCCAAGAAGAUACUAGCUGCGCGGAUAGUGUUUCUAGCGUGGUUGAUAAGGAAGCUACGGACAGGUCCACGCAACGAACUAUUGCUGAAAACAUAAAGGUGCAUCUACAGACUGUUAAAGAAAACAUGGCAAGCCUCGAGAGAUACGCCCGGAUGGCUGACGGAGACCGCAACUCGGAGCCGAGUGUAGACUCUCUGGGUUGGCCCGAGCGAAACGUUCUUCGGAAGAACGUUGAUGACAAUCAAUUGUUUUAUAUGUGGAGCCGCCUGGUUGCGUUCGCGUACCAUAUUAUACAACUUAAUCAUGGAAACUGCUACUACGACUACAGCUCCCAGCUGCUCACCGCCGUGCUGGCGUGCGAUGCGCUGCGCCGCGGCGUCAACCGCAUGUGUGAUAUUUUGCAGUAUUACGUCUCACCCGUGAAAUUUGCUAGUGAUUCGGAAGACCAUUCAACUAUCUGCAGCAAAAAACGUAAAAAGAAGAAGCCUCAUGGGUCGAAAAAGAUACGAAAAUUCUCUAAAUAUAAGAUAUGUAAAGCCCCGGGCCCUCCAGACUACGUGCGUUAA